AUGGAUUCGUUUGCAGCUGGUGGUAUAGCUGGUGUCAGUGAGAUUCUAGUUAUGUACCCACUCGAUGUAGUGAAAACAAGAAAUCAAUUAUUUGUCGGCAAGAGCAUGGGAACAAUCGUCUCACUCAGAAACAUUGUAAAGCAAGAAGGUGUGAGCCGCCUUUAUCGUGGUAUUAUUCUGCCAAUUUGUAUGGAAGCACCCAAGAGAGCUACAAAAUUCGCAGCAAAUGACACAUGGGGUCAAUUCUAUCGAAAAUUGUUCGGUGUCGAGAAGAUGACCCAAAGUCUUAGUAUCUUGACUGGAGCUACUGCAGGAGCUACGGAAUCAUUCGUCGUCGUACCAUUCGAAUUAGUCAAAAUCAGAUUACAAGAUAAGAAUAAUACUCAUCUCUACCUAGGAACUAUGGACUGCCUUAAGAAGAUUAUUAAACAGGAAGGUAUAUUGGCUUUAUACAAUGGCUUGGAGGCCACAAUGAUGAGACACAUUACUUGGAAUUCAGGUUACUUCGGUGUCAUCUUCCUGGUGAAAUCGCGACUGAAGACGAAGCAUGAGUUACUCAAUAAUUUCAUUGCUGGAACCAGUGGAGGAUGUGUGGGAACUAUGCUAAACACUCCAUUUGACGUUGUUAAGAGUCGAAUUCAGAACUCUCCUCGAACUAUUUUACCUCAAAAGUACAACUGGUCUAUUCCGUCGCUUUUUAUUGUGGCUAGAGAAGAAGGAUUUUGGGCCCUCUAUAAGGGUUUUGUGCCAAAGGUUCUUCGUCUUGGGCCAGGUGGUGGUAUUUUACUGAUAGUCUAUACUACUCUAAUGGAAUUCUUUGCAAAAUACAAAUAG